AUGAGUGGCAAGGCCGGGCCGGCGCCAGACGCGCUGUACUGUAGAGGACGUAAUGCCAAGGGAGAUGCUUGUAGAAACGUCGUCAGUGCUACGCGAAUAGACCGCUUCUGCCACCAUCAUCGCGAACAACAAGAUGCUCCCAGACCUGCUCAGGUCGCGCACGGCGAUGAGAUCCUGCUAGCUCGCGAGGAGUCUCCAGAGCCUUUUCUUGCUCCUCCGCUUGAGCGACUUCGGUCUACGCCCAAAUUCACCAAAGAUGCACUCGCUGCAAUGCACGAACAAAUCAAUGGACGAGUCUCCACACCGCCCGUGGCAGAAAAGCCGAUGCGUGCGUUCCCAGCAACGCUGAGGACACCCGCAGAGCAAGAGAUCGGUGAAGCUGGCACGAACGCUUCGUUCUGGGGCGCGUGCUUUGGCUGUUUUGCCGCAUCUCCUCCGUCCGUUGAGACAUUGCCAAGUGUGCCUGAAAAGCCACCGUCAGACGACACCAAGCGAGCAGCAAAAGUGGCUCGGAAACCAGUCGUCUAUGAUGUUCAAGGUACAGAAAUGCAACCAGUCGCUCCAGCUGGCCCUGCAGCACUGCCAGCUCGCAUUUUGCAAAACCAUCUCGACUUGCAGCAGCACUUGCAGCAUCUGACACUCGCUCCGAGCGCGGCACAAUAUAUCCCUGAUGCUACGGAUCCAUCUGUCGCUCAAUUGACGCCAGCACAGUACAAGAAGCUGGCCAGCUAUGCACAAUCCUUGGCAGAUCGUUCCGAAGCCGGUACGCUCGCUGCCCCAUCCGCUGUCUUUGAGUACAUUUACGUCUUUCGUCUUGACGGCGAUCACCAUUGGACACCCCAAAUAUCACUCAAGAUUGGACGCACGAGCUCUGUUGAGCGGCGCCUAAAACAGUGGACCCGCCAAUGCAAGCAGCAAGUCGACUUUCUAGACAGCUUCCCAACGCAGUACUCAAGCUCGCUAGAGCGCUUGAUUCACCUUGAACUCCAAGUGGAAAACGUCAGAACAGCUUGUGAUGGUUGCGGCACGGUACACCGUGAAUGGUUUGCACUUGAGCGCGACACUGCGCGCGGCCGUGUUCGACGUUCUGUUGAACGGUGGCAACAAUUUCUGCAAGGAAUACAUCGAGGCCAAAUCGCUGUCUAG